GGUUUCAUACCCUGUCCUACAGGAAAUCCCACACUGGCACUAAGUGCGGGUGUGGCGGAGUGCUGCAUCCAGCCCCUUCCCUCCCCCUGCUCUGGGCUCAGGCUCUGGCCAUGGCGCUGGGGGAAGGGGACUGCCAGGGGCCAAGGGUGCCUGACUGCGCCCUGCUUUUGGCAGGUACCCGCAUCAUCUACGACCGCAAGUUCCUGCUGGAGUGCAAGAAUUCACCCGUGGCCAGGACCCCUCCCUGCUGCCUGCCCCAGAUCCCCGGUGUCACCUCCCCGGCCCAGCCCAGCCUCGUCAAGCUGGGGGAGCUCAAGGAGCAGAAUGAGAGCGAGGAAACCUUGCCAGAUCAAGACCAGUUUGAGAUGGACAUCUGAGUUUUCAGCUCCCCGUCUCCAGGCCAUGGCUGGGCCUGUGUCUGGGCCUUGUGGAGGUGCUGGCACCGCGACCGGCUGACUGCAGCCCUCCCUGUGAUGCUGGGGAUGGACGCGUGACACCUUAUGGGCUCCGGCACGACUGGCUGGUGCGACUGCUUAGGGAGCUCA